AGAGCUUGUCUUUCACAAAUGAUUGACAUCAUAACACUCAAAAUCCAAUGUCAAAGGCCAUCCUCGCUCGAAUCACACCACGUAACCGCCCCAAAGCCACCACCUUUACGCCGACCCGCUUCAGUCCCUGCAUCCACAACCUCGUUAUUGACGCUGUUCGAAUACUGGCAACCCACGCCCAAUGGCAGGACUCCCUCGAGUCUCGCUUUGCAGAAUCCGAGGUUCUAGUUUCGGACGUUGCCCAUUUCGUUCUAGACCGAAUACACGACCCCGAACUGGGUUUGAAGUUCUUCGACUGGGCUAACUCGAGACCCUUUUCUUGUUCCCUCGAUGGCUUUGCUUAUUCCUCUCUUCUUAAGCUCCUGGCAAGAUUCAGAGUGUUCUCCGAGAUCGAGCUGGUUCUGGACAGCAUGAAAGUUGGGAACUUGAAGCCUACCCAUGAAGCUUUGAACUCUCUGAUUCGAGCCUACGGAGAUUCUGGGAUGGUUGAUGCUGCCCUACGGUUAUUCUAUACAGUGCGGGAAAUGCAUGGUUGUUUUCCCAGUGUUGUCGCUUCUAAUUCGUUGCUGAAUUGUUUGGUCAAAAGGGGGAACGUUGAGGUUGCAAGGAAGCUGUAUGAUGAAAUGCUUGUGACAGAUGGUGGCACUGGUAAGGUUGUGGAUAACUAUAGCACCGGGAUAGUGGUUAAGGGUCUAUGCGGCUUUGGGAAGGUUGAGGAAGGUAGAAGGUUGAUUGUAGAUAGAUGGGGGAAGGGUUGUGUGCCCCAUGUUGUGUUCUACAAUAUGAUUAUUGAUGGGUAUUGCAAGAAGGGUGAUCUCCAAGGUGCAACUAGAGUUUUCAAGGAACUGAAAUUGAAAGGAUUUUUGCCAACGUUAGAAACUUAUGGUGCUAUAAUUAACAGUUUAUGCAAGGAAGGGGAUUUCGUGACAAUUGAUCAACUUAUGAAAGAAAUGGCUGAGAGGGGAUUGAGUGUGAAUAUUCAAGUGUAUAAUAAUAUUAUUGAUGCUCAAUACAAGCACGGUCUGGUGCAAGAUGAACUUUUAGAGAGGGCAAUAGAAAGGGGAUUAAUGCCUAACAAGUUUAGUUAUACGCCUCUUAUGCAUGCUUAUUGCAGAAAAGGGGAUUAUGUUAAGGCAUCAAAUAUGCUUUUUAAGAUUGCCGAAACAGGAGAAAAACCAGAUGUGGUUUCGUAUGGAGCUUUUAUCCAUGGAGCCGUUGCUGCUGGGGAAAUUGAUGUUGCACUAAUGGUACGGGUUAAGAUGAUGGAAAGGGGAGUAAUUGCUGAUGCCCAAAUUUACAAUGUCCUGAUGAGUGGCCUCUGCAAGAAAGGGAAUUUUCCGGCUGCCAAAUUGCUACUUUCAGAAAUGCUUGACCGAAAUGUUCAACCAGAUGCAUAUGUUUAUGCCACCUUGGUAGAUGGAUUAAUUAGGAAUGGUGAACUUGAUGAGGCAAGAAAGCUUUUUGAAGUCAUAAUUGCAAAGGGUAUAGACCCUGGUAUUGUUGGGUACAAUGCCAUGAUUAAAGGUUUUUGUAAAUUCGGAAAGAUGGCAGAUGCUCUGUCAUGCUUGAAAAGGAUGAAAAAUGCACGUCAUGCUCCAGAUGAAUACACUUAUUCCACGUUUAUAGAUGGGUAUGUGAAGCAGCAUGACUUGCAAAGUGCACUCAAGAUGUUUGGGCAGAUGGUGAAACAGAACCUCAAGCCAAAUGUGGUCACCUACACGUCCUUGGUCAAUGGAUUCUGCAAUAUAGCAGAUUUGGGCAGAGCUGAAAAAGCUUUUGCAGGGAUGCAAUCUUUCAAUUUGCAGCCUAAUGUUGUCACAUACACUAUACUUAUAGGGGGAUUCUGCAAGACCGCUAAACUUGAAAAGGCAGCAACAUUUUUUGAACUUAUGCUGACAAAUAGUUGUCUCCCAAAUGACACUACGUUCCAUUAUCUGAUAAAUGGUUUGACAAAUAAUACAAACUCACUGGUUCUUGUUGAGAAAAAUGAGUCUGACAAAGAUUGCAGAACCUUGUUAUUGGAUUUCUUUGCAGUGAUGAUAUCGGAUGGAUGGAGCCCUGUGAUUGCUGCUUAUGAUUCCAUUAUUAUUUGUCUUUGUAAGCAUGGAAUGUUUGACACUGCUCAGUUGUUGCAAACAAAGAUGCAGAGUAAGGGGUUUCUUAUGGAUCCUGUAUGUUUCAGCGCUCUGCUACAUGGGUUAUGCCAGAAAGGUAAAACAAAAGAGUGGAGAAAUACUAUAACUUGCGACAUAAGUAAGAUUGACCUACAAACUGCUGUUAAGUAUUCCCUGAUAUUAGACAAAUACUUGGGUCAAGGUACGCAUUCAGAGGCUUCAGUUAUUUUGCAGACCUUGAUUGAUGACUCCAGGGCUUCUGAGCAUCCUGCAGAACAUGAUCUAAAGGUUAUAGUAAGAUAG